UGCCCGGCAGUCCAUCGUGAAUGGCAAUUUAGGCAACCCACACAACAACAUCAUCAACAAAAGGACAACACCUGCAAGGUAUAAAUGGAACCUGCAUUUAGCUGAAGCUGAAGCUCUGGAGAACUUUGCAAUCAUGAAAGCUCUGCUCGUUGCCUUCUUGCUGGCUAUCCUUUACACGGAGAAAGUACAUUCCCUCGCCUGCUAUUACUGUGAAAAUGAGCCUUCCAACUGGAACUGCAUGUCCAUGAAGAAGUGCGCAGAAACAGACAAAUACUGCACUACCAUUAAAAGGGUUAACCGUGGCAGACAUGGUGAGUCUGAUGACUACCGGAUCAGCAAGCAAUGCACUCCAUCUUGUGAGGAAAAUUUCAUGGACACGGGAUCGUCCUCCGUUGCUACCAAGUGCUGCCAGUUUUCCUUCUGUAACAUCAGUGGGGCUGCCAGCGUGAAACUGAGCAACAUGGUGCUGGUUUUGGGAAUCUUGGGCAGUUUCUUCUACAUCUUCCAGUCUAGAUAAGGGAUUGCUCAUAAUUCUUACAAGAAAGAGAGAUAACAAAUUUCAUCCAGACUCCUAAAGCUUCUCACAGGGUCUGCUCCUGAGCCCAGGAUCAACACACCAAAUAGAUUCUCGAUUCUCCUACACUAAAAUUGGUCUCUAUUUGCGUAUUACAGAACACGAAGCUUCCCUUUGUACAUAGAACUCCGGAAGACCUUUGUAUUAAGUAGUAUUUUUAUUUAGUAUCCACUUGUAUCUAAGUCUAGCACAAACCUAUUUUGCCUCACCGUAAUAAUUCUUUAUAGGGAGAGCAUUUAUUAAAGAUUGUCAAGGCCUCAGGCA